AUGCGUUGGAGAUCUGCCUUUUUCAUCUCUUGUAUUGGCAUUGAAGGGGCCUUGAGCGCCCCAGGACGCCUCUCGCAGAACACCAAGUACGUUGACUGGAAGACGUUUAAGGCGUACGGUGUUAAUCUUGGUGGCUGGCUUGUCCAGGAGUCAACUAUCGACACCGUCUGGUGGGAUACCUACUCUGGAGGAGCUGCAGAUGAGUGGGGUCUCUACGAGAAUCUUGGCUCACAGUGUGGCUCGGUGCUGGAGAUGCGUUACGCAACCUGGAUUACAACAUCCGACGUUGAUGAUGCAGACAGAGCUGGUGUGACUCUGCUGCGUAUUCCGACAACAUACGCUGCUUGGAUCAAGUACCCUGGCUCGCAACUUUAUUCUGGCAACCAGAAGGCAUAUCUCAAACAGAUUGCUACCUAUGCAAUUGAGAAGUACGACAUGCACAUUAUCCUCGAUAUCCAUGGCCUACCUGGUGGUAUUAAUGGUCUGACCAUUGGAGAGGCCGAUGGUCAUUGGAACUGGUUCUAUAAUGAGACCAACUUUGACUACUCUAUUCAAGUCGUCGAUGCGGCUAUCUCCUUUAUUCAAGAAUCUGGCUACCCCGAGUCUUUUACCUUCGAGCCUAUGAAUGAGCCCGCUGAUAACGAAGAUCUCUCCACCUUCGGCACUCCAGCUGCUCUCUCUGACUCUGGCGUAGCCUGGGUUCUCAAGUACAUUCACGCCGUGCUGGAUCACGUUGGGAGAGUGAAUAAGAAGAUCCCCGUCAUGUUUCAGGGCAGCUUUAGGGGUGAGAGUUACUGGUCUGCCAAUUUCUCCAGCAACGCAAACCUAGUCUUUGAUGUGCACAACUACUACUUUGCGGGCCGCACUACUACCUCUGCUAAUGUGCCGUCAUAUAUCUGUUCUGAUGCCAAGGCAACUCCUGGAGACGGAAAGUUCCCCACAUUUGUUGGCGAAUGGUCAAUCCAAACUGUCUAUAAUAACACUUUCGCGCUACGGGAGCGCAACCUCAAUGUGGGUCUUGCAGCAUUCCACAAGUACUCACACGGUGGUUCUUACUGGACGUGGAAAUUCUCGGAAAAUGCUACGGUAGAUGGCCAAGGCACGCAGGCAGAUUAUUGGAACUAUAAGUACUUUGUUGAUAAUGUUUAUAUUCAUCCGGAAUCGACCUGGAGUAUUGCUGAGAGGAUGUAUAGUACCACCACUUUGGCGGCUGAUUGCGGCCACCAGAAACCCUUUAUUGCUUAUUUGACCACUCUAUUGACCGUCCUGACACUGCGACAGAUCCGCCUAUACGCAUCCUAA